CUUUGGCAAAAUGGAGAAGCACAACACGGCAGUGACCUAUGAUGGUGUGCACAUCAACUUCACUAAGGAAGAGUGGGAUUUGCUGAAUCCUUCCCAGAAGAGUCUCUACAAAGGUGUGAUGCUGGAGACCUACAGGAACCUAACUACUAUAGGAUACAUUUGGGAAGACCUUCACACCGAAGAGCAUUGUCAAUGUUCUAGAAGACAUGCAAGGAUUGAAAGGAAUCAAACUGGAGAGAAGUUUUCAGUGUAUUCUCACUGUGGUAAAGUCUUGUCUUGUAACACUCAUCUUCUAAGGAAUGAAAAAACACAUGGCAGAGAAAAAUGCUGUGAAAUUAAGCAAUGUGAUGAAGUUUUUUGUUAUCACAAUCGUCUUGAAAUGCAUUAA